CAACUUGGGUACAACAUAUCCAAAAACACAAUUCAAUACAACAUAAAAUGGCGGAACUUGCUGGAUACAAUGGCAGCGCGAGCUUCGUGUUCUCAACUGGUCUGCCUUUCAACUCUACUGGCGACUAUGAGUAUUAUGAACCUGAACCCGAUGCCAGCAAGAUCAUUAUCCCCUCCAUCUACGCACUGGUGUGCUGCGUCGGCGUCACGGGAAACGCCAUGGUCAUCUACGUCAUCCUCAAGUACGCCAAGAUGAAGACGGCCACCAACAUCUACAUUCUUAAUCUCGCCAUUGCGGAUGAACUCUUCAUGUUGAGCGUCCCCUUCCUGGCGACCUCGGCCGCGGUGCAUCACUGGCCGUUUGGCUCGCUCAUGUGCCGUUUGGUUCUCAGUGUGGAUGGCAUCAACAUGUUCACGAGCAUCUUCUGCCUGACCGUGCUGAGCGUGGACCGCUACAUCGCAGUGGUGCACCCAAUCAAAGCGGCUCGCUACCGUCGGCCAACCAUCGCCAAAGUAGUCAACGUUUGCGUGUGGGGACUUUCGCUGCUUGUAAUUCUGCCCAUCAUCAUCUUUGCAGACACCGUGCCGGCGCAGGACGGAGGAGUGGACUGCAACUUUCUAUGGCCAGAGUCAUCGUGGUCAGAAGCGUUUGUGGUCUACACAUUCCUAUUGGGUUUUUUGCUUCCCGUGGCAGCCAUCUGCCUGUGCUACUGUUUGAUUGUGGUGCGCAUGCGAGCGGUGGGUCUAAAAGCGGGCUGGUUGCAGCGGCGGCGCUCUGAAAAGAAGAUCACACGUAUGGUGCUGCUGGUGGUCUCCGUUUUCGUUCUCUGCUGGAUGCCGUUUUAUAUUGUGCAGCUGAUUAGUGUGUUCCGCAAGCCGCCGGACCCCAUGGUGACUCAGCUAUUUGUCAUUCUAAGCUACGCUAACAGCAGCGCCAACCCCAUUCUCUACGGAUUUGUGUCGGACAACUUCCGCCGCUCGUUCCAGCGUAUCAUUUGCUUCCGCUGGUUGGAGAAUGGACUGGAUGCUGAGCAGGUGGACUACUGUGCUGUGGCCCUGCGGCGUCAGACCACAUGCGGCCCACCGGAUUUUCCAAAGGAGUGCUUGGCUUCCAACAUGGUGUUUCGUAAUGGAACCUGCACAUCCCGUACCACCACUCUGUGA